AUGGCUCUUUUGAGCCUUGCGAUGUUUGCUGCGCGUGGCACUGCUGUAGAGAAGAAUAUCCUGCGAGGCUUGCAAGCACCUGGAGUCACUCAAGGGGCUGGAGUGCCGCAGCAAGCCACAUUGCAACAAGCGAGCGGAACCCAGCAGGCUGCCGGUGUCCAAGGUGUGGCACCUGGUGGUGCACCCGGCGGAAUGGGCCAGGCACAGCAACCUGGAGCUUCUCAA